AGUGUGUCUGUUACUCUCUGGGUAGAUUGCUGUCUCUCGGUCAUCGAGACUGACCUGAUUUGAACUGCCAUUCCCCCCAACCCGGUGAUAACAUAGACUUUACACUACAUCAUCAGUUGCUCGUGGAACUGCAAUGGCACUGCUUCCACAAGUGGAGGCAGAACACUUUGACGGGCUAUCACUCCUCUACUGGACAAUAAUGGGGCCCCAUGGCAUCAACCGUGCUGUGGAGAGACUAGAGUUUACAGACUGUAAAAAAGGGCUUGGUGUGAAGAUCAUUGGGGGCUACAGGGAACAGAGCGGUGAAGAGUUCGGAAUUUUCAUUAAACGAAUUUUGCCAGGUGGUGUGGCAGCACAGGACGGGCGUCUUAGAGCAGGGGACCUCAUUUUAGAUGUCAACAACAUGAAUUUAGGAGGUGUUACAAAUGAAAAGGCAGUGGAAGUUCUUCGCAUGGCGUCAGCUUCAAAUCACAUGUCUUUACUGAUAGUGCGCGACGAUGCUUCCAGGAGGGAAUUUGUUGAGUUAAUGGAAAAAUAUGGCUCCAGCAGUAGUACCAGCUCCGGAUCAGACACUUCUGUUUCCACAGGAAAGUUGACCGACACUGCCUCCUCCUCCUCAUCUUCCAGAUCAACCAGUCCUCUGCUUCUGAGCCCUAAAGACCCCAACCCAGUAUACACCACUGCCUGCAUUACCUCCCCACCUCCACAAGUCUGCACAGACUGCAUGAUUCAGUUGAUAUGUGUUGCCAAAGGGACAGGAUUAGGCUUGGUCAUCAGGGGCGGAGCUAACCGUGCAGAGGGGCCAAUGGUGUGUGUUCAGGAAAUAAUACAAGGAAGCGAUUGCCAAAAGGAUGGGAGACUAAAGGCUGGGGAUCAGCUCAUAUCCAUCAAUAAGGAAUCACUCAUUGGAGUGACACACGAAGAAGCCAAAAGCAUACUCACUCAAACAAAACUCAGACCAGACCCUACAGUAGAGAUAGCAUUCAUCAGACGAAGGUCUUCAUCAGGCUCCAGUAGUGGACCACACAGCCUGAUCUCCCUUCAGCCUCCCUGCAGUACAGCCCCCCAACUUAGGCCCGCUGGACUGGGGGGAACAACUCUGCCUGGAGGUCUCGUUCCUAAGAUUGCCAACACCCCCAACUCUGGAAGCGAGACUUUGCCUUCUGUAGAACUUACUAAGGUACGACCAGCAACAGGAAAGCCUAAUCCCAGCCCUGUGUCCUCACCUGACAGUGCCUGCACCAAAGUGGCCAACUCUGAUGCAACUGCUGCCUGUAAUCCCAGCAAUUCCUGCAGACCUUCAAAACAUCUAUCCUCCACUCCCAGCUUUGAGAAAAUAGAGCAGGCACUGGACAUGCUGGGAUUGAAGGCUACUGAGUCUCAGGUCCUGACACUGGGAGAAAGGCUGCGUCUGAGCCCAGGAGGGACAGUGGCUUAUGGAGAUUUCGAGAGAGUUGCAAAGGAACUCUUUAAACUACCAUCCAAAUCUGACUCGGAACAGGAAGUAGCAAGAUUGAUAUCAGAUGCUUUUAAUGAGCCUCCAUCAAACCCUACGCCAUCGUUAUCCGAGUCUGAUGAUCUGGAUGAGAUGGAGAGACUAAGAAAUGAGCACGUUGAGGUCUUAAGAGUGCUCAAGAAACUGCAGGAUAAGCAGACAGAAUCCGAGAGCCUUAAUCAUAAGAUGCAGCAGGAACUGACAAAAGUUAAACAGGAAGCAAAAUCUGCAGUGGAGGAGAGUCGAUCCCUGUGGACCCAGAUCCAUCUGGCAGAGGCAGCUCAGAAACAGGCCCGGGGAAUGGAGAUAGACUACGAGGAGGUUAUCCAUCUCCUGGAGGCUGAGAUAGCUGAAAUGAAAUCUCAGAAAACUGAGCAACCCAGUAAUGAAAAGGAGGAUCUGCAAGAUCUGAAAAAAAGGAUUUCUGUACUCGAAUGCCAGCUACGAAAGAGUGAAACUGCAAGGAAAGGUUUUGAAGUCUCUACGGGUAAACUUCUACAGUUUGUGGAGGCUGUCCAAGGCUUCCUGUCUGAAAACCAAAGCGGUUCAAGAGGCUACAGUUCUUCCAGCAAUCCAAAGUUGGCCACUCUGUCUCAGACCUUGCCAUCUCGAGGUGGGAAGAAACCACCUUGGACAGCAUCUGCUCUUGCUGUGGAAGCGAAUGAACUAACUAAUACUGUCAGAGGCAUUCUAGAGCUCGACUGUGUACCUCUUGUCUGGGGUGAGGCGUACACUGCAGGUGGAGUGAAGUACUACGUAAAGGCACUUCAUAAGUUGUUUGUGCAGCGUGAGAUAAACGGUUUUAGAUACAGUAAACAUUCAUCAGUCAUGUAACUCAGACAACAUCAUGGACGCACCCUGUAAUGAGAUCUUUGGGUCUGUCAGAAUCAAGAACAAAUGACGAAAGCCUGAACUCUCCAGAAUCCACAGCUUAGACUGAUUCGAAAGACUUCGCACUCUACUCCCACUUUCUGUCCAACUGUUCAUUUAAAAAAAGAAAAAGGAAAACAAUCUAAACACAGCAUAAACAUGAAGUGAUAUAUGCAUUAUAAAAAAAGUCAAUCAAACAAUAAAAAAUAAAAAAAACUCUACACCUUCAUUAAAUGAAAAUCGAACUGAUUUAAUGAAAUACGCAACAGAUUUAUCACAAAUAUUCCUGAGCUCUUUGAUUGGUUGAGAACUCACAGUUGAGUUUUCCCUGUUUUUGUGUCUGUCUGCUGUUUUUCUGACAUUUUAGGAAUUUCCCCUCAUGUUAUACACUCAUUUCUGUCUAUUUUUUACCUUGAGAAAAACAAUGGACAGGCGAUUUUCAGAAAAAGUCAAUUGCACUUGUUUGAAGUCAAAGGACGUGGCCUCUUGGUGAAGCAGGAACUUAGAUGUUGUGAAGUUCAUUCUAUUUGGCUUGUGUCUGCUGCCACUUUGAUCCACUUUCUGAAACUUCUCUUCACAGAUUUGUUGAAACAGGAACUUAUUUACUUUCCCAAACUUAAUCGAACCAGCUCUGAGAGCAAGACGCUUCUUUGGUUCACUAUAAUGUAACUGUUCUCUCACGCAUUUUUAAUUCUGCUGUAAGCGUUACUUUUAGUGACGUUCAUUAUGCAUAACUGUGAAAGUGUCUUCUCUUGCAUGUGCAAUUAGUUCUGUGCUUCCAUUAGAAAUGUGAGUUUAACAUACCCUAAGCCUUAUGUGGAUAAUUUCUUGGAAAAUGAUACGACAUGGCACAUUUGCUUUGUUGUGAAUUCACUCUGCCUAACAGUGUAAAGUUAGCUUCAGCGAUCUCUUUACAUAGAUCAUGAAGAUAUAUGUUUAUCCUGUAAUGUGUGAAUACUUCUGUGGUUCUAUUAAAAAAAAUAAACAGAUAAAAAUCUA